AUGGCCAUCUACGGUGGUGCAGCGCCUUCGCUGGCGGGCAGUGUCAUUAUGUUGACGACGCUGGCAUUAUUGACUUAUGGCCUGCGGGUUUACUGCAGAGUGACCAGGAAGUCAUGGAGUGUGGAGGAUUGGAUCAUGACGGUUGCAUUGGUUCCAUUCGCCGUGCUGGUAGCGGGAUGUCUUGGUGGUGCUUUCAAUGGCAUUGGUAUUCGUGAUUCUGUAUUGGCAGAGCCACAGAAUGUGAAAUACCAAGGAGAAGGACAAAAGUUUUUCCUCAUUUUCGAAGUCGGUUAUUGUUCUGCCAUUAUUCCCAUCAAGCUCAGUAUCAGCUGGAUGUUGAUCCGAGUGGCCGAAGGUCGCAAAGCGUACCUCUACGUGCAAUACGUGGUGAUUGUUGUCUUUGUGCUGAUGAAUAUCAUCGCAUUGAUCUUUAUCUUGAUCAACUGCAUCCCUGUUGAGGCGGCCUGGGAUACCUCACUACUCGCCAAGGGAGGACACUGCCAGCCAUCCUACGUGUUGGCUGAUGUCUACUACGCCUGCACGGCUGUUAACAUUCUCACUGACUGGGUGACGGCUUUCAUGCCCGUACCUCUCCUAUGGAAUGUCCAACUGAACCGCAACACCAAGAUCUCGAUUGUCGGACUAAUGGGCCUGGGUGUCUUCGCCUCUAUGUCCGCCUGCGUCCGUCUCAAAUACACCGUCGCCCUAACCAGCCAAUCCAACUACCUCUACAGCGUCACCAACGUGGUGAUUUGGGGAUUCGCCGAAAACGCCCUGGGCAUGAUCGUCGGCAACGUCGCAACGCUGCGCCCACUAUUCCGCGUCCUCCGCGACCGCAAGACAUCGUCGAACAACCGAUACAACUCCCGGGGAUACUACAGCUCUCAGCGCACGGGACCGGCAAACAUGUAUUCUCGCAAUUACGAGCUGGCUGAGCAGGGGAAGCAUACCAACAAGAUCACCACUACCUCGGUACCCGAUCAUACGCGACGACCUAGUCAGAUGAGCGAUGGAGAUAGUCAGAAGCAGAUUCUUGCGGGCGGAACACCUCCAGGCGAUACGGAUAUUCUUGUUAGUCGGCAGGUUAUUGUGGCGUAUGAUUAG